AAAAAACGGACUAGAGGGUUUUAUUUUAUAAUCGGAUGUACCGGUGUUGAUUUGUAGCUGAUUUGAUGCUGCCGGUGUUCCGCGAAUCUCCAGGGACAACACAGCAAGCGCGAGCGCAGAGACACGCGCACGCGCGUAUACAUAGGACAAGGAGCGGAGAGGAGCGAGGACAGACACAGAGAAGUGCGAGUAGCAGGCUGACCGAAAGUGAACAUGAAGGACACCGGAGAGUCAAAGGACCACCAGCUAACUGUUGCCUUGAGGAUCCGACCCCUCAGCGAUGCUGAGCAGGAGGAGGGGGCUACAAUUGUGGCCCACAGAGUGGACGACCAGCCUUCUGGAUGCUUUCCGCCAGCAGAUGGAGAUCAGGAAGAGCCUGAUGGAGCUGGAAAACAACAACAUGGAGAUCCAGAUUGCCACCUCUAAUAAUCUUUUAACUAUUACAGACAGGCGCAGGAGAAAGUGGCGUGUGGAGAGGAGGAAGGAAAGUGUCAAUAAGGAUGAAAGCGAGAAGGACUCUGAUUCCUCAGAGUCUCCUCCAGACACCACGGAGACUCAGGAGGUGGCAAUAGCUCGAGAAAAUCUGGUUGCACUCAUGGCUGAACAGAAAAAGAUUCACAAGGAGAAGGCGUUGCUUGAGCGUAGGUUUCUAGAGCUUCAGGAUCAGGCCCGGCGCUUGGAGGAGCUGCUGCCGCAGCGGGUUAGCUCAGAGGAGCAACGCGAGGUCCUAGGACUUCUCUGUAAGGUCCAUGAGCUGGAGUGCUGGAGAGGCAGGUACCUCAAACCAAGACGAGCACAGCUCAGAGGUUUCGCCCUCUGGACAGCACAUCAGACCCUCAUCUCCACAUUAAUGGUCAACCCCAGGCCCCUAUGCUACGCCCCCAGUACCGAGGGGUCCCUCCUCUCGCCAAAGUCAGGCCUCCCCACAGCAGCCAGCAAACAGGCUCAAAUGCUGAGUCCUCUACAACCAAUAUGAAUAACCUGAAGCGAGCACCCCAACUACGGCAGCCCCAGCCCCUCCUCUACAUAACAAACACAGGCGCGGGCGCCCAGCGUAUACGCAGACACUGAGCUUACACUGGCCGCGACUCCCAACACCAGCAUUAACACCAAACCCAGCUGAGCCUGGAAGCGGAACCAUCUUGUUAUCAGAGAUCUGAGAGCAUGCAGCCUCAAUAAAAAAAAAGAAUUAAUCUUUCAGUGACUGUCACUACGCAAAAUUUGUAACAACAUUGAGCUGGAUAAUUUCACACAGGUCUCACUGUGAUGGUGCUGAGGGUCAAGUGUUUCCUCUUUAGCUCGCUGUUGUGCUGAAUCACUUGUGGUAUCGUUUCGUCAGGAACAUAUCAAGCUCCCUUUGUUAUCAGUGUAAUGGCUCUGUAACGUUCAGUGCUUAUUAUGAACAGUGAACGGUUGGUGUUAACAAGCCUCACGGCAGUGAUAUACAUAAGAAUCCAAGGGAAAGUAUGGAUAUGGGACAAAAGAUUAGGAGACAAUAUUACACAAAUGCCGAUGUUUAAAAACAGAAAAAAAGCAAUGGCCUGCAGUAAAAAGGUUUCAACAUCAAUGUUUUUUGUAGUGAGUUUGUUUCAACAUGACACACUGAAAUUUAAGAAAAAAGAAAACUUAAUCAUUUUGAUCAUUGUGCUCUUCAAACUUAAAGGUCUCUGCCUUUUCUUACCCACAAUAAUCUUUAAGUGUCAUGGUUGUGUAGAUACACAGGAUAGUACCACACAAUGUUUUUUGCAAAUUACCUGGCUGUUUCAAUUAAUUAUUUAACUGUUGCCUUUUCCAUUAUUAUUUUUUCAUUCAUAUUGUUUUCAUAAUUGCAACUUUCUAUUCUUUAUUUUGUACAUUUUUUUUUAUUUGUACCUAAAUAAAUUUAACCGAAGUAUCCAAAAAACAAAGCAUGUGUUUUUGUUGUGCGUUUACUUUUUUGCCUGCAAAGUCUGUAACAUCUGUAACACUCGUCUAUCUUGUGUAAUAUUCACAUAUGCCCACUAGGGGGGCGCGAAGGCCAAGGUUGACCAUUUAAAUUGCAGUAAGGUAUUUUUUUCUUGUGUAGACACGUUUUAUUUUUAUACUCCAGUGUUAAUCCAGUCUUUGCGUGUAUCCCCUGGAAAAUGCGGGCAACUUUAGUUGAUUU